AUGGCGAGUGUUUGGAUGGUGUGGUUGGCUCUUGUUGUCGUGCAACUGGGAUUUGGAGCUUAUGGAGUUAUCGUUUCCAAAUUUGCUAAAGAGAACAAAGCAGAUCCUCUAAUCUUCAGCCUGAUUCGCGAUGCGGGAUGUUUUCCUGUGCUUCUCUUGGCAGCUUUUGUCUCCGAGAAGAGGAUUCAAAUUCCUUCUCCUAGGUACGUACAAGGUGAAGGAUAUUAGGUUGAUUUGAAUUUAGUUGCUAACUGUAGAAAUCAGUUUACCUUAAGGUGGUCUUGGUAACUGAAAUUAUCUUCAAAAAGCCUUAACAGCUUUUGUUUUAGUCCGAUCUCCGUUCUAAAUGAAUCCAAAUGGCCCUUAGAUGCCACUGAUCGCACUUUGAUAUUAGAUUCGAUUCACGAGAGAAUAUAUCGCUUACCAGUUCGAGUAGAUUGCGUAGUUGGCUUGAUCUUUAAGCUUUCUCAUUGCCGUUUGUUGUAAAUUUCGAAAAAAACUAUCAUAAUAUCGUCACCUAUUGCUGUAACUUUGAAAUUGUUACUGGUACCAGUAAGCUGAGAUCAAUGGGAUCUUGAUUUAAUAUUCGCUAUAGAAUAAGAAGUCCGUAAAGGUUACAAAUUUACAGUAUUGUCCCAGUUUCAGUUUGCUCAUUUGGCACUUUCCAAUUUCAUGUUUGUUUACAAAAUGCGUGUUCAAACCCAGUUUCCAUUUUGAAACCGCCCACAGCGAUCAAGAAAACAAAUAUUCAUACCUAUUCGCUGUAACACUCUCAAAAGGAAACUGUGUUUCUUGUGGACCAAAGUAAUGAUAAAUUCAUCUCAAAAAUUCGUGGAUUUGAAGAUAAAGAGCUAUUAUUCUUAACAAAAAUACAAAAGCCGAAGAAACUUUUAUUGAAGGAACUGUAGGUGCAUCUCCCCUUCCCCCACAUCCGAUUGUUUUGAAGUAGCCCGCGAGCAAGCUCUGCUGCGGCAAGAAAGCCGAAGAGCGAUGCAAGCGUGCAAGAGAUCUGCGAAGGGCGCGAAUGUUUGAUGGCACAAAAAUGAGUGCCUGCGAGGACGCUUUUGUUUCCCGAUUCCGGCGUCUUUUUUAGUGCCAGGCCCCUUGCAAACUUCUCGCACGCUUCAUUCGCUCUCAGGCUUUAAAUCUCGCGGGCUUUGUCGCUGGUGCCAUAGAGGGGAUGAAAACCCGUCUACAGGAUGUUUCGAAGAGGCUCUGAGUGAGGGCGACUCUUAAGUGAAUUUCUUUCUCUACAGGGAACUUCCCCUUUUCAUCGUUCUAGGUUUAACAGGAAUGUUUGGUAAUCAACUAUUGUACCUUCUUGGUAUUUAUUACACUAACGCGAACAUAGCGUCCAUUUUCCAACCAGCAAUCCCCGUGUGGACAGCAUUACUUGCUAUCAUAGUGCGCAUUGAGCCGUUUCCAGACUUCCGUACUUUGCGCGGCUGGGCCAAGUCUCUGGGAAUUCUCUUAGCUGCUGUCGGAGCCAUAGUUAUGACAGUGGAAAAAAAAACUGGUCAAGCAUCAGACCAUAGUGGAUCAUCCUCGUCUGACAGCGUCAAUUUUGUGGGGUAUAUAUUCCUCCUCGGGAAUACUUUGUCCAUGGCUGUGUAUAUCCUCCUUCAGAAGAAGUUUAUCUUUGACAAAGAGGACUCUUGUUGGAAAACGAAACCUGUGACAGUCACUGCGUGGAGUUAUCUCUUCGGUGCAAUGUUUAUGGCUCUCGCCUCGCUUUAUUACGUCAACAAGCCGGAAAAGUUUACGUAUUUCCCUCAAGAGGAAGUUUACCCAAUUCUGUACGCAAUAUUCAUCGCCUCAGGUCUAUGUUAUCUUUUAAUAUCCUGGUGUAACAUGCAGAUAUCUGCGUCGCUCGUGACAGCCACAUGGCCACUUCAGGUUUUGUUCUGCGCCAUUUUGUCUUACUUUGUGCUGGGCGAGGUGCUGAAAACUUUGGAAUACGUUGGAGGUGUGCUUAUUGUUAUAGGCCUCAUGGCAGUCGUUUGGUCAAAUUUUUCAGAAGAAAAAAUGAAAAGCGAACAGGAAGAAGACUUGAACAAUUCUUAUGGCUACGUUAAAGUAUCACAAUAUGAUAACUUUGUUGCAGAAGGUUCAAGAAAGAGAAAAGAAGUAAAUUAG